AUGGCCACGGUAGCGAUGCAGAGGAUCAAUGGGAGCGCUUUACGAUCCGCGUACGACAAGGAUGAGAGGAGAAGUGAGGCUCGCAAGGCACAACCAGAUGUUCGCGAAGUCGCAUCCUCGCCGCGGCAUGCAGACUUCCCACGCUCGGCGUCGUACACGUAUCUGCCGGAAGCCAAAGAUCAUGCACGCUACAAUAACCAAGCGGUCUUCACGAUCAAAGGCAGCUUCUCCGACGCCGAUCUUGUACCGCCUCCCGAUGACCUCCUCGACGACAUCACACCACCCGAUUCGUCAGGCUGGACAACACCAGACGAUGUCGAGCAGAGAGUACCGGUUCAGCAGACUCGAGAUCUGGUAGCAGAGUUGCAGAGGAGUCCUAAGAUCUCGGUGCAACGCAUGGCGCGAGGUGGUGAAGACGACAGUAGCAGCAUAGACUCAUCUGCCAGACCGCCAAGUAUCGCCAGCACCGUCGAGUCUGUGAGGACCACAUCUACGCCUGGCACGACUCCCGGAUCCGUGACGCCAAGACCACGAGCUACCCCAAAUGACUCGUUCUCUCGACGCUUCAACCGCAAUUCGUGGUACGGAGCAUCGCAGUCGUCAUCUUCGCCUUCACGCUCUCCUUCGCCGCCGAAGCCGACUUCUCGUAGUGCUUCACCCAAGAUAGACAUAAUUGCACCACCUCCUGCUGCGGUCACUACUCCACGACGGAAGUCCUUCUCCAAGAUUCGAGAGGCAAUUGUGCCUGCAGCAGAGAUUACUCGGACAAAAUCUAGCACCACAAGUUCUGAUGACCAGAAGAGUGAACGUCCUCGACCGCCCAGUCGCCGUAGUACAUUAUUUCGCAGGAAGUCCCGACCUGGCAGUGGCAUCUUUGGGAGCAAGAAGGAGAACGAGAGCAGUUCUGCGGUUCCAGCUUCGAACGAUGCACCGCCUGUCCCACGGAUGCCAUCUCUACCAAAAUCAUUCUCCACCGACAGACUGCCGACAUUUCGAUCGCACACACCACAGCUUGACCGAGCAGCGCCCGUACCAAGACUGCUCUCGACCGAGCGCGCACCAAGCUCUGGCCUGAGUAUCCCGAUACGAAGAAGAGAUGAGCUAUGGAACGUCUUUCGAGGCCUGGAUGGAGACUAUACGAAGUUUGCAUCGAAAUCUGUUGCUCUCAAGGCCAAUGUAGUCCGUUCAACUCUUUUGCCAUUCCUACGGACCUAUUUGAGCCAUGCUUCAAAUCACACUCUACGACCGGAAGAUCUCGACCGGAGAGCCAACAUCUUGAACAAAUGGUGGACUGGUCUUAUCGAGAUGCUUCACGGACGAAACAAUCAGUCCAUAUCCGGCACGGAUCGUCCUGCGAUACUGGAUGGCAUAUCAGGCAUUAUGGAGCGACCUGAAUGGCGCUUGGCACCUUCGCCAUUCUGCCCGCUCGAUCAGAAGAUGAAAGGAAUCAAUACACCACGCAAUCGAUCGAACACUUCGCUGAGCUCUGGAGCUUCCGAAUUCUUGACGGAGUCAGUCCAUCACAACGUGCGAAAUAUCUUCAUCCAGAACUUAAGUGCGCAGAUGGCAUUUGUGGUUGAUAAAAUGUCCUUACGCAACGCUUCUGCCAGUCUGGUCACCUUUUGUGGCAAGGCUUGUGCAUACGCUUUCAUGUUCGUCCCUGGCAUGGCAGACGUUCUCACACGACUCUGGGACCUGCAGAUGGACACUCUUCGAAGAGUGCUGGAAGGAAAUGAUAUUGGCAAGUUUGACAACCUCGGAGAUCUGUCUGCCUCAGUAUCGUCUAGCUUUCCGCCUGCACUACACCAACUUGGAUUCACAUCACUCAUGAAGUAUAUGCGCAAGCUACGCCGCGAAAGUGACUUGUUCUACGUCUUUGUCAAGCACUUCCAUAUCUUGGUCACGGAAUUCUUACCAAAGGACUUUUCGAAACAGGAACGCGCAUGUGCACCAGGCGUGCUUCUUGUACAUGCUCAGAUCCUGGCCAACCUUGAUGCCACAAUACAUCGAGACGCUGGCCAUGCACAACGGGAUCCGGCGGCCGCUGGACAGUCGCCCACCUUCGACGAUGUUCUGGGAGAGCCUGAUGCUGUGGCUUCUUUGCCGCUUCCGCCUACUAAUGCUGUGAGAAUAAUGGCCGAAAAUAGGCUAAUAAUGUUAAUUCGUGACUUCUUGUCUGAGCGGACGGCAGACCACCCCAUAGCCCGGGACUUCUUCGCGGAUGCUUUCAACGACUUGAUGCAAACAGCUGCCAAGGGGACCUCGAUUUAUGACCACGCGGCUUGCUAUACACUGCUAGACUUUCUGGAGGAGGCGCUGGUGAUUCUGGUUCGUUUCGAGCAUCUCAAAGAUAGUGACGGCAAGAUCAUCAACUCCGAGUUCUGGCAGAGUGUUUGUCGCAAGAUGAUUGAAAGUCAAAACACGAUGACCGAGAUCCGACUCUAUGCCUUCUUGUAUACUAUUUGGAAUACGGUAGUAUGCAACACGAACCGCAAGGCCGAUCUCUGUCUUGGCUUGCUGCUGGACCCUGAAGUGUUCGAAAGCCGCUUCAAUCAUUGGUGUCCCAUGGUUCGCGCCUAUUACAUGCGCCUGCUAUGCUGGCGAGUUACGAGGUUCGAUGGCGAGUCCCACUCGGGCGACAUGGCGAUUCUCGAGACAGCACUGCAACGACUACGGACUACUUGGUCGCAUUAUCUUUACCUACGCGAACAAGCAGUGACGAAGAAUGGCCUGCUCCCACCCACAAACCCAUGUAAUCCUGCACCUGGGCGAAGGCUACUUAUCAUCCGCACUGAUACACAAGUCAACCCCGGAGGCUCGUUCCUCUCGUUUGAUGGCCUGACAUCGCCGACACCACCUACUCAGCCUCAAUUACCGAACAAACGCUUCUCGACCCUGUCCCGAGUCGUGGAGCUGGACAGCAGACCCGAGACCUCACACUCGAGUUCUGAUUCGGAGAUUGCUGAGCUGCCAGAUAGUGGUUUCGGCGGGUUCUUCCGCAAGAUGAUGGGCACUUCAAAGACCAGGUCAAAGUCACAAGGACCACCGACGAAGCGGAUCGAAGCACCUGCUAGUAAGGCAAAUCCUACUCCACCGGCCGAGCGUGCAAACGGUCUCACGAGAGCCGCAACAGACGAAUUCCAUCCUCCGAGAAGCUCCUCAAUUGCCUCCUCAGUCGCUCCAUCGAUCGCGGAACAGGCAGCCAAACCUCCUACGCCAGCCACGCCACAUCGUAACUUCAGCUUUAAGUUCAGUCUCGAGUACCACCCCAACAACAAGCCCGCCCCGGGACCCCUGCGACUCUUACCGCCUCGACUCCCUAUGCCCGCCCAGAAGCAUAUUCAGGAGGAGUCAGCGAUUACGGCCUUCAUGGCCCAGGUCCGACCCGUCGAGCCCACGGGUGCGAGUGCUGCGCAUGCGAGAUACUCUGGCCGUGCGCUCGCGGAAUGGAUGGUGAUUGUGGGUGAAUGUCAGAGUUUCUUCGAGAGGCGAAAGAAUGAAGGAGUGCCUGGGAAUAGAUUUGUGGAGACGCCUACAUUGGGCGUGGAGGUGUUCAGGCGACCAGCUUAG